GCGGACAGGAUCGUGGUCGGGAUAGUGGGGAAAGAUGUCGAGUUUCUCUAAGGCGCACCAGCAAUGGGCCACAUUUGCUCGAGUUUGGUAUCUCUUAGAUGGGAAAAUGCAGCCCCCUGGGAAACUUGCUGCUAUAGCAUCAACUAAACUUCAAGGAUUACAUAAACCUAUGUAUCAUCAACUGAGUGACUGCGGUGAUCAUGUUGUCAUAAUUAACACAAGACACAUUGCAUUUUCUGGAAACAAAUGGGAACAGAAAGUAUACUCUUCACAUACUGGGUACCCAGGUGGGUUUAAACAAGUAACAGCCGCCCAUCUUCACCAGAAGGAUCCCGUGGCUAUUGUAAAACUAGCUAUUUAUGGCAUGCUACCAAAAAACCUUCACAGAAGGACUAUGAUGCAGAGGUUGCAUCUUUUCCCUGAUGAGAGUGUACCAGAAGACAUUCUUAAGAAUUUAGUGGAAGAGCUGCCACAACCACGAAAGGUCCCCAAACGCCUGGAUGAAUACACGCAAGAGGAAAUAGAGGCCUUCCCCAGACUGUGGUCUCCACCUGAAGAUUGCCGGCUGUAGAAGAAUGAAAACUGCAGAAAAUCACAAGGAGGUGAUUGAAACUUCCUCCUGAUAAGUUUCUCCUAAGCCACAGGCUGGGUGAAACAUCCCUGCCUUCCACAGGAAACUUGUGGGAGCUGAAAGUUUGUGGAGAAAGGCCAGGAAGGGAUCUUCCUUCAACAGGAAAUUGCAAUACAUUAUUUUGUAGAACUGCUUUAUCAUGUAAUUUGAUUAGAAUGUUAUCAAGGGUGAUAAGAAUAAAAUUGCUUAC